AUGAAAUAUUUUUAAUAAAAAUAUCCCUUUUUAUCAAUUUAAAUAGCAUCAAAAGUACAAUAUUAAUCUGCAAUCUUAUUCAUCAAUAAUGUAAACAAUGUUGUUAUCUUUGCAAUAAAUGCAAAUAUUUAUAUUAUAACUAAAUCAAUAAUUAGAUGUUAAUUUUAAAUAUCAUUUCUAAAUACAGUUAAUCAAAAAAUGAUACUUUCUUAUUAAUGCAAGAAUCAAAAUUUCUAUUUUUUUUAGGUUUAGAAUUUAAAUAACAUUCUUAGUCCUUAUUUUGAAAAAGAAUUAUUAAGCAUUGAAUACAAAUAUCUAUUCAAUUUUAUGUCUGAUAAUUUAUUUUUUUAGGUCACUCUUGAAAACAAGAAAAUUUUUAUUUGUAAUCCUUAUUCAUCCAGGCACAUGUCUCUAUUUUCAAAAUUAGAGUAGGAUUCAAUUAUAUUGAGCACAACAACUAACAAGUAAAGCUCUGUAUUACUUUAAAAUAAUACUAUUUUAGUUUUAUCAUCUAUGGAGUAAGAGUUAUUUAAAGGAAAUGAAUCACUUAUUCAUUAAAAUUACUACACAUUGA